AUGGAGGGCCCGUCAUCCUUCGCAGAUGCCGUGGAUGCAGCAGCCGAGGAGGUGCCUGACUUCGCAGCUGUGGAGGAGGAUGGUGGCCAGUCGCUGAGUUAUGCAGAGCUCUCCGCGAAGUCCACUGCUGCUGCCCAAGGACUCUCGGCCCUCGGUGUCCGUCGCCCACAUCCGCUGCUCACGGGCAUGCGGCGAGGUUGCGAUUGGUAUGUUGUCUACGUGGCUUCCGCACGGCUCGGUGUGCCCGUUGCUGCCAUGGCGACCGAAAAGUAUUUGGAUCCCGAUGCUCGAGCAAGGCGACGGGACCAGUUCUUGUCGUUGCAGCCGCAGCUGGCUGUCGUCGACGAGACCUGCGACGACGCUUCUACUGCCUGCUUGGCACAGGCCGGCUUGGCCCUGCAUCGCCUGGCUGGGUUGCUCUGCAAGAGUACCGGCACUUCUGCGGAGCUGCCUGUGGACGUGGGCAAGUCCGAUGCGCUUUGCUACUGCUAUACCGGUGGUACCACGGGGCGCGAGCGAUGUGUGGAGAUCCACCAUGGCAUGGCUUUGCAUGAGCUGCGCAGCUACCCGACGGCAUUGCGGCUUCGGCCGGCAACCCGUGACUCGAGACCUGAAGAUGCCAUCAGGGUGUUACAGCCGUCCUCAUUGCAGUGGGCAGCAGCCGUCUACGGUCAGCUGGACGUGGCGUUGGCUUUCCGCGGCUGCGCUGUGGUAACUGAGGCUUUCGACCUGCAGGAGUUGGUCUCCAUCGUGAAUGAGCGGAAGGUGUCGAUUCUUGGACUGCCACCUUCGCUGCUGCAGCUGCUGGCGCCCAGCGACUUCCUCGAUGCCAGGAGUGCUGGUGGAUAUUGCCGAUUGCGUCGACUCAUUUCGUGGGGGGAGCCGUGUCCUUCUGCCGUGGUGGAGCGAUGGGGUGCGGGUCACCUACCUUGGCGCUUUCUGGAUGUACUCAUCUCGACGGAGUAUUGGCUCACCUUCGUCUCCUAUGAGCGCGAUGAGAAUGGCCGAAGCCUCUUCGAGCCUGUUCCUGGCGUGAAGACCUUCCUGCUUUCCCCAGCUUUGGAAGACACAGGAGCUGUGGAAUCCAAGGAGGAUGAUCUUUCUCCAAGCGAAGUGGGGGAGGGAGCAGUCGGAGAGCUGUACUUGGCUGGCGACGGCGUUUGCUGCAGCUUCGUCCAUGGCGGCUCGACGGGGCCGAAGGCGUCAAAGCUCUGCUGUGUUUCGCAAGGGACGGCGGAGGACGAGAGCGAAACAGUGGGCCUGCUUCCAAAGGAUGAGCCUCCUGAGGGAGAGGAGGACAGCGUGUCAGCGCCGAAUUCCGGCCCAGACCUCCGCAAGCUCCCUCAGCUGGUCCUGGAUGCCCCUCUUCCUCCAACCAUCGACGAUGACGCACCCGGGGCCGACUAUUGGAUGGAUGAUGACGCAGAAGCAGAUGAGCUGGAGGCCGGAGAGGAGCCCGGUCCCUUGCGGAGCAUGUCCGAAGACCCAGACAGUCCUCGGUGCCUGAGGCUCGGAUCCACAAAGUCCGAGCCCGCGCACUCGCGCUUUUCCGGCUCUGCCGAUCUUCUCCUGCUCCGCGCGGAGGAAAGCGGCCGGUCUCAGCGAGCGAAGAAUUUGUCUCCGUCCGUUUCCCCAUCCUCUUCGAUGACACCGACCGGCAUGGCACGGAUGGAGCGGAUGGCUGAGCUGGCCGAAGACAAGGAUAGCAGUGACGGCUUGAGCAUGCCCUCUUGUUUGUCACGGUCGAGACAGGCAUCCAUGGCUCAGUCCGAUGUUAUGGGGGAGAACAACAGAGGAGAAGAUCGCACAGCUGAAGGGCAGUCGGCCGCAAAGAAGGGCGACAGCGUUCAGGUGACGGUCACCGCAGCUGAGGGCACAUCCUCGCAGGCGCUCAAGCCGGCGGCGCAGCGGAACCACUCCAAAGCGGCGACUCACAACUCGGUGCUUUUGUCUCCGAUCGCGCCGGUCCCGAAGCGCCUCCCGAGGAGUCGUAGUAAGCAGCACCUCCUUCAGAGCCUACAAGCAUUGGUUCAGGAGCUGAGUGCUCGGAAGGUUCGCACCGUCGAACUCGUUGCCAAUGCGGAGAUGCGUGGACGUUCUGCCACGGAGGACGAGGAGGCGGAGAGGGCCAUAUGCUCCGAUCCAGGUGCCACAUUCACGGAACUGGCUCGAUGCGUGCUGAGAAGAGAUGUUGAGAAGGUGUCGAAGCUGGUUCGGAGCGGCGUGUCUGUCAACAUGGCUCUUCGGGAGGAGCAUGGUGGCUUUGUGCACUUCUCCACCCUGCUCCAUGCGGUUUGUGACAUGCCGACGGAGCCUACCGGCCUUCCUCAGGAGGGAUGUGUUCCCAUCAUCGAGGCGCUGAUCUUGGCAAAGGCCAAUAUCAACCCGAGGAACUCAACUGGGGCAACCCCGAUUAUGUAUGCCUGCCGUCAGAAGAACGUGGAGGUGGUGAAGAUGCUCAUUAGCCAUGGUGCCCGCGUUUGGCCCUGCGACGAGGACGGGCACAGCUGCAUCAACUGGGCCAUAGCUCUACACGAAGAGGAGAAGCCAUUAUGCGCCCAGAAUCCGCGACAGCCUCUGCCUGACGACGAAGAGCGAUCGUCCUAUUUGGUGGAGCUUCUACUCGUGGCUGCCACGCUCGAAAUCGAGUUCCGGCCUGUCAAGAGGAUGUACUCUGCCGUGGCAUCUGUUGCCUUGGCGUCACCUUCGAUGUUUCAGAACCCGGCGAAGCGGCGGGCGAGCUUAGAGCCAGAACCGAAGGACAUGAACCUCGAGGAUGCGGACCUCGCGGACUUCGGGGAGCUGGUGAAACCUCAGCCGGAAGCCGGGCUGCUGGCGGUGGAGGCGGCGGAUGCUGUCUGGUUCCCUCCUUUGCGAUUUGCGGUUAUGCAGGGGAAUCUUGGUGCAGCGGCGAUCAUGAUGGAAUGUGGUGCACCUCCUGUUUGGCUUCAUGAUGCCGUGGCGACUGGGCGACCCGAGCUUGUCGAAUCCCUUCUCCGCCACGCCGCUGACCCUGCCGCGCAGGACGCGCAGGGCAUCAGCUCGAUUGAUUUCGCGGUGCAGGCUGGUGCAGACUACCAGAUCGUGGACCUGCUGAGGCAGAAUGUACACAAGCGCCGGAGCAGCGGAGCCGGUGACAGUCUCCAGGUUCACAACCGGAAAAGCAGUAUCGUCUCCACAGUCUCCAUCCGCUCAUUGCUGAACGUGCAUGACAGCGUGCCGCGCUCGCCAUCGUCGAGGUCGAUAAUGGCUGCGAGGCUUGCAGAACCUGCGCCUGAGCCAAAGAAGGAAUCUGCGGCAUUGGUUUGGCUUUCCACGAACAGCCGCAAGCUCUUCGCAACCAACGGUUUCCAGUCUACGAUGUUCAUCUGCCUGAGCUUGGCUCUUUAUCUGCCCGACGUCUAUGCGCUGACAGAUCUCGCCUACGACAGCCUGGAUGCACUGCUUGUCUGCAUCUUCCUCUGCUUUGUGGCGGACUUCCUCGUCCAGGUUUUCGGUUUCUACCAGACCUACAUGUUUUCCUUCUUCUUCUAUAUGGACAUCAUCGGCACACUCUCCUUGAUCAUCGAGCUCUCACCCGUGAGGGCUUUGACGCAAGGGAAUGCAAUUACGAACAACUCCGUCGUCAUGCGUGCCACACGGGCAGCCAAGCUUGGGGCGCGGGCGGGCCGGUUGACUCGUUUGGUGAAGCUGCUGCGAUUCCUGCCCUUCCUCUCGAAGCGGGGAGCGCGGGAGCCAGGCAGUACCGCCAAAGUGAUCAGCUCCAAGCUGAUCUCGCGGGUCUCCUCAGUUGUCGCCUGCCUCAUCAUUCUCUCCGUUCAGGUGUUACCUUUGCCGGGCACAUUCUCCUACCCCACGCAGGACUUCUCGAUUCAGAUGUGGACGGCACAUCUCCGGAGGUCUAUCGAGGAGACGCGUGACGCAGAGAUGAUCGCCGAAUUAGUCAGCGAAUUCCGGGCAUUCUACGACCGGACAUCCUACAAGCCGUACUUCUUCCGCAACGACACCCAGGUACUUUGGGAGUCGAGGGGUCCAUUGCAGGCCGAUCGCAGCGUCAGGAUACAGAAUGGUGCAGUGGAGGUAUUGUUCGACUUCUCUACGCAGGUGCAAGUGGAGGCAGCUCUGAAUAUGAGCAUCAUCACCAUCACCAUCAUUCUGAUGGUGCUUUUCUCGCUCUUGAUCUCCCGCGCGAUCGCGCGACAUGCGCUCGCGCCACUGGAGACGAUGCUCCUGAAAGUCAGGAAGAUCGGGCGGCUGAUCUGGUUGCAGGUGGAGUCCAUCCACACGCUGCUUAGUAACGCCCAGCAAGACGCACGGAAAAAGCAACAGGACGAACAAGGAGACGAAACAGUGCUGCUGAAGGAGGUGAUGAGCAGGAUAAGCCUGCUCAGCGCUUUGAAGCUCAUUCGUCCGGACGAGGAUGCCCAGGCCGUCGUCUUCCUGGGCACGAGCGCCGGGGGUGAGGUCAGACCCAGCACCACGCUGACGAUGCAACACAGGGAGAUGAUCCAAACACGUUUGCAGACGGUCGUCCUGCAAGACCUGACGAACCUGGAGGUCGAGAAUCUGACAAGCUGGAGGUUCAAUCCGCUCGACAUGGAAUCAAACACGACCUGCUUCGUUUGUGCAAAGUUGCUGUCCACCUGCAUGCCAAGCUCCAUUAAAGAGAAGGGUGUCACGGAGACCGAAAUCUCAGCCUUCAUUGCAACCGUCGAAGAGGGCUACUUGAAGGUACCGUAUCACAGCUGGAGCCAUGCUGUGGACGUUAUGCAUUCAGUCUACGUGAUCCUUCAGGACUUGCAUGAAGCAUUCUCGAGGACGGAGAGGUAUGCUUUGUUGAUUUGUGCCGUCGUUCACGACAUCGGGCAUCCGGGCUUCAGCAACGAGUUUCUCGUCCAGACACAUCACGACCUGGCACUGCGAUACAACGACAAUGCACCUCUGGAGAGCAUGCAUUGUGCGAAGCUCUUCGAGAUCCUGGGCGACCCGAGCACUAACGUUUGGGGGGAGCUGGCCGACGGCCCGAGGAAGGACGUCCGCAAAAUGUGUAUUGAGGCGAUCUUGCACACGGACAACAGCUGCCACUUCAAUGUGGUCAAGGCGUGUCAGAUGAUUCACGAAGUCCACGACGAAGUCUUCUCGAACGUCCUUUCCAAGUGCAGCUCGGUUGAGGAUCACAAGGAGUCAUGGCCCUCACCUGAAGUCUUGGAGAUCAUCGCGGAGAAAGAGACGCAUGACACGCUCAGGAACAUGCUGCUCCACUUUGCAGACAUCUCGAACUCCAUGAAGCCUUUCUCCGUGGCCCGACCAUGGGCGCUUCUAGUGCUGGAGGAGUUCUUCGUCCAGGGGGAGAAGAUGACCGAGCUCGGAUUACCAGUGCCAGCCCUGAACGACCGGCAGAAGACAAACCGACCGACAUCGCAGAUUGGGUUCAUCGAGUUCAUCGUGUCCCCCUUGGUCUUCACCAUAGUGAAGAUCCUCCCUCCCAUCGGCUACACCGAGCAGGCAAUGUGGGGCAACGUGAAGGCGUGGUUUGAAGAGUGGGCUUCGACCGCGAGUCCUUCGAAGAGCGAAUUCCAACAGAUGGCGAACCGCAUCACGAAAUUGUACGAGAAGGUGACCUUUGCAAAGCAAGGAACGGCCUUCCUGAGACGAUCCAACUCCAUCUGA